UCCCCUAAGCACUCAAAAUUAGAAAAUAGUACGGAUGUGAUUCAAACUAUAGUACCGUUGUGUUACUAUACACAGAGACAUGAAAGUUUCACAUCAACUGAGUGGUCAACAGAGGGUUGUGAAACAAUAUAUAACAACAACUUCAAGAGCAACGUGACAUGCAAUUGCAAUCACCUGACAUCAUUUAUCUUGCUGAUGAAACCCAAACAGAUAAAUGAGAACAAGAAUGUGUCACAGCUUACAAACGUUGGCGUUGCAAUUUCGAUUUUUUUUCUCGCCGUUACUCUCGUUAUCAUUUACAGUUUCAAGUGCUGGUUGAAUAGCGAGUCUGGUGCCAAAUGGACUUUUAUUGUUCCCGUGUGCCUCACUAGUCUGAUUGUCCUCGUACAGUUGGCGGUUAUUGGCUAUGUAGCUUUCAUGAAAUCUAAACUACCAAACCAAACUGAAGACGAAAUGCAAGCACUUAAACGAAUGAGAAAUGUGUUUCAGGGUCUGUUGCUUCUUGCACCAGCUGUUGGCAUUUCAUGGAUUUUUGGUGUCAUCAUCAUUUUUUGUGACUGGAAGAUCAUGGAAUACAUUUAUGUUAUAUUAAAUUCCAUGCAAGGAUUCUUCGUCUGGCUUUCGCAGUGCGUCUUUAGCAAUGAGGUGCGACAAGCAUUCAAAAAGAAGUUUGCUAGUCGGAUAACGCAGGAAAGUAACACGAAUACUGUAAGGAGUGUUACCCACAACACCGGCCGUAUCGUUGUUGAAGACAUGUAAACACAGAUUUUGAGUGCAUGAUUAUUCGUUAGACAAACUUUGGUGACUAAACUAAAUUUAUAUUAUUAAUACGUUGUUGUUGGUGAGGUGACACAACACCUUUAUGUUUAAACCAAUUGUUGGCCUAUAUUGUUACCUUAUAAAUUAAAUGUACUAAUUUAUUACAUCUUGGUAUAAUAUAUUUUAAUAACAUGUUUGUUCUAUAUAUAUAAACCAACUUUUAAUACUUUACUUAUUUUGAAGUGUACUAAAGUUAUAGGCCAUAAAUGGGUUUAUGGAUAUUGAAUUGGCAAGUAAUGCCUGAAAACCAUUGCUGUAAUUAUUUUUACUCUAAUAGAGGGCAGCUUAGCUCGGCCGUCAGUUGGAUGUAGGCUAAUAUUUGAAAUUUCAAUAACUCACUGUCAUUGGAUGCAAUGUUUAAUCAUGUUGGUUUUGUGUGAUCGUUGUUGUAAGCGCCUCGAGGUUGGUUUCGAUGGGAGGCGCUAUACAAAUUUAUUGAUUUGUCCUAGUGUUAGAAACUUUCGCAGAGCGCUGGUGGCGCUCUGCGAAAGUUGGAUAGCGCUUUGUAGCAAAGUCAGAUGUGUGGACUAGCUUGUACAAUAACUUAGGCGGAACUUUUUUUAUUACUUGUUUCGCGUAUUUAUUUUUUUAAAGAUCAUCGGAGGAGGGCGGAAUAAAAAGAAAAAUAAAAGUUUUUUUUCUUAUUUAGCAAACAGAUUUUCCAAAAACAUCCAG